CAGAUAUAGUGAAUGCAGGGUCCGGGGAGAGCGGAUAUAGUGAAUGCGGGGUCCGGGGAGACCAGAUAUAGUGAAUGCGGGGUCCGGGGAGAGCGGAUAUAGUGAAUGCAGGGUCCGGGGAGAGCGGAUAUAGUGAAUGCAGGGUCCGGGGAGAGCGGAUAUAGUGAAUGCAGGGGUCCGGGGAGACCAGAUAUAGUGAAUGCAGGGUCCGGGGAGAGCGGAUAUAGUGAAUGCAGGGUCCGGGGAGAGCGGAUAUAGUGAAUGCGGGGUCCGGGGAGAGCAGAUAUAGUGAAUGCGGGGUCCGGGGAGACCGGAUAUAGUGAAUGCGGGGUCCGGGGAGAGCAGAUAUAGUGAAUGAAGGGUCCGGGGAGCCCGGA